ACUUGAUUAUUCACUUGAUUAAUUGUACCUUUGCAACUUUGCAAACUCCUUUUUUUCACACACUGUGUUGAAGAGCCCGCCACAGGUAGUCUCAAUGGCAAAGCAAGCAUCAACCCCCAGCCCAAAGGCACAGAUCAUUCGACGAUUGGGCCCAUUCGAAUGCUUUCAAUCAGCAAUGUUCACACUGGACCUGUACUGUGGCACUUCUGUGAUAUGCCGUUAUGGCAUUCCUGAAAACCUCAGAGACCGUAGCCUCCACAAAAAGCUAGUGGAAUUCUUCGAAAAUGCGGUUGCAGAUACCAUUCUUCAGCACCCUCUUCUUCAAGUUGGACUCACCGACCGGGACACGAAACAACCAGCCUGGGUUCAACUUGAUCACAUCGAUCUAAGCAAGCACAUUCAGUGGAGAGUUGUCGACGAGUCAGAAAAAUAUGACGCCAUUUUCGAGAAAACUCUACAAGAACAGCUCGAUACCAAGUACGAGAGUCCCGAAACUCGACCUAGCUGGCGAAUCAUCGUCUCCAGACUGGAUGCCGAGUUGCUGGAGGUGAUGUUUGUUUGGAGCCAUCUUAUCACAGACGGUACGGGCGGCAAGAUCUUUCACGAAACUCUAUUCCAAUCUCUCAAAACAGUAAGAGAUGAGACUAGCGAAUCGACAUGUGUCAACCACCUGGUCAAGCCAACCGCAACCCCGCAGAACCUCCCUCCGCCCCAGGACACCAUUUGCAACUUCACCAUUUCUCCGAUCUAUGCAGUAUUCCUGCUCUGGAACCAAUUCAAGCCCAAAAUGUUUACUCCGGCAUUGGCUCCUCACAAACUUCGGGCGCCAAUUCACUUGACUCCGACAGGAACCCAGUCGAGGAGGUUAUGCAUUGACAACGCCACUCUGCAGAACGUGCUUGUUGCCUGCCGCGCGCACAAAACCACAUUGACUGGUUUACUCCAUGGAAUAUGUCUAGUUUCGCUCGUCAGUCUGCUCAAAGAUGAAACACCGGCAACACUCUAUAGCGAGACGCCCCUCAACCUGCGCCGGUUCAUUCCCUCAGGUCCGCCAGGUUAUCCUGAGUUUGAGCCCAGUAAGACGAUAGGAAACUACGUCUCCAAGAUGGACCACGUAUAUGACCAAGUACUGGUAACAAAAGUUCGAGACUUGGCUCGAGGCGGCUCUACUGAAUCCGAGCAGAUUGCUGCUCUCGAGGAUGUGAUGUGGUCCGUUUCCACAACUGUGCGAGAAGAACUCCAAGGAAAGUUGGAUUUGAAUUUGAAGAAUGAGCUUUGUGGCUUGAUGAAGUUGGUGGGAGACUACCGAGACUAUUUCAAGGGCCAGAUGACGAAGCCGAGACAUGCUUCCUGGCUUGUCUCGAAUUUGGGCGUCAUCGACGGAGGACUGCCCAGCGCCGCGAGCCUGGACAAGCAACACGAUUGGACUGUGGAGAGGGCGUACUUCGCUCUCGGCGCUAAUACUAUGGGAACGACCCUUACCAUCAGUCCUUUGGCUGUGAAGAAUGGCCCAUUGAUGAUUGGGGUCAGCUGGCAGAAUGAAAUCGUCGAUGCCAGUCUCGGAGAAGGGGCGAUUGCUGGCCUUGAGACUUGGCUGAACCAUAUUGGAUCCAAGAAUUAGAACGUCGUUUCUACGAGGAUAGAAGAAACUUGACUCUAGUCAUCCAUGGCACCAUCAGAGACUACAAUUAGAGUUGAUGGAACACACGACAAUACACAACGCGAGUUCGAUCUAUAGACAGGAACUGGGAGGGACGGAUAAUUAAUACAGAGCAUAGAUAUAGUACUGUGAUGGAAUAAUUUAUUCAAUGGGAACCUUAUCUCUGAUCGCCUUGCGAACUUUUAGAGCACCCGGUCAAGAGGUAAGCUAGAUAGUCAACACGUCUUACACAGUGUCGCACAACCGACUUGGCGUCUGGGCUAGUUGAGGGAUUAUUUCGACUCGUUUUCCAUCAACAAGCGUAAUUGGUUUAGUGGUAAAAUUCUCCGUUGCCAUUCGAGCAGCGUCGGGGAGCC